UCCGGGUAUUUGAACUCCACUUUGUUCACUUCUUGUUUUGACUUUGAGGUGGUUCGAUGCCUGCGCUGCCAGUGAGGUGACUAAAGUCCACAAGAACAUAAGUACAGACAAGAAUGCACAUCGAUAAACUAUGAAAAUAGUCAUAGCACCGCAAAGAAGUCGGAGGCGCUCUUCGGGUUUUUAGCCAGUGCGCACCACGGCUUCGCUUCACUCCACACGGUGCGGACUGCUGCUGCGUCCGGAGCACCUGCAGGCGCAAAGACGGGAGAAAAAAAAACAAGUCGGCGGAAUAAGAAGUGUGCACGGCUGAGGUUUGAGGGGGACAUUUGAAAGCGAGAGGAGCGCAAGGAGAAGGGGCCGGACGGGCGGGAGGAGCGCACUAUGGCCUCAAAGGAGAACGCGGCGACGGGCUUCGUUAACGUCAGCAGGGAAAUCACAGAGAGCAUCAGGAAGGUGUUGGACAAACAGGCCGUUAAGUUUGUGCGAGCCAUCAAGCAGGACACUCGGAGCGGCAAAUCGGAGGACAGGAUUCUGGUCCUGGCAACAUGGAGACUGUAUCUCUUUGCUGUCAAAGUGCCCACCAAGAUGGAGGUCACAUUCAACUUUUUGGAGAUCAGAGCGAUGAACACCUACCCAGAACACCAGGUUGUCAUCGAUACAGACAAGACUACCUACUCGCUGAGGCUGCAGUCCCAGGACCAGCUGGAUCACGUAGUGAACCACAUCAACUACGCCCUCUCCCGAGUCUUCAACAACUCAAUUUAUGCUCCUCCUAUCUGUCGAGCAGAGGGAGACUUGCCCGAUGGGAGUCACAAGUUUUCUCCAAACUCCGAAUCGUCAUUAGAGCCUCAGAAAACCUGCGGAGGUUUUUCUGAGACCUAUGCCGCUCUUUGUGACUACAAUGGAAUUGGCUGCAAAGAAGAAGUGCAGUGGGAUGUUGACACAAUCUAUCACUCUCAGGACAACAGGGAGUUCAACUUGUUGGAUUUCAGCCAUCUUGACAGCAGGGACUUGGCAGUGAUCGUGGCAUCCAUUGCGUACAACACCUGGUUCACCAAGCUGUACUGCAAAGACAUGCGCAUAGGGUCGGAGGUGGUGGACCAGGUUCUGCACACAGUCAGCAAGUCCAACAGCCUGGAGGAGCUCACUCUGGAGAACGCAGGACUCAAAUCGGAUUUCCCACAGAAGAUGGCGUCGGCGCUGUCGGAGAACCCAUCCUCUGUGAUCCACUCUCUCAACCUGGCUCACAACACGCUAGACAACCAAGGAGUCUCCAACCUGAUUCAACAGGUGUGUCGUCUCAACAAGGGCCUGCGCCUCCUCAACCUCUCAAAGACCUCCCUCUCCUCCAAGGGUGUGGUUUCGUUGUCGCAGGCGCUGUGUUCAAGUGACGACUAUUCUAAUUCUCUGCUGCAUCUGGACCUCAGCAAAAACCCGGGGGUUUUGUCUGGAGACGAUGCCACGAACCUGUACCUGUUCUUGGCUCAGCCCAACUGCCUGGUCCAUUUGGACCUUUCUGGGACAGACUGCACCGUAGACUUGUUGUUUGGGGCUUUGCUGCGAGGCUGCUGCGCUGACCUCUCCUACCUGAACCUGUCCAAGAACUCCUUCUCUCACAGGAAGGCCAGAGAUUCUCUGCCAACUUUCCGUCAGUUCUUCAGCUCCGCGUUCAGCCUGACCCAUGUCAGCCUGGCCUCCAUGAAAGUCCCCCCGGAUUCACUCAGGGCUCUUUUCCUGGGUUUGUCCAAUAACCCUCAUAUCACUGAUUUACACCUGGACAUCAGCGGCUGUGAGCUGAGGUCAGCAGGCGCCGGCGUGAUUCAGGAACUGUUUCCUCGAGUUUCAUGCGUGGGGACUUUAGACAUCUCUGAUAAUGGUUUGGAUGCCGACUUGCUGGCUGUCAUCCCAGCAUUCUCCCGGCACCCUUCCCUCAAACACCUGAUGCUGGGGAAGAACUUCAACAUCAAGGGCAGGGCGCUGGAUGAAAUUCUGCAGAAACUAGUUCAUUUGGUGCAAGAAGAAGAGUGUGCCCUGCAGUCCCUCUCCCUAGCUGACUCCAGGCUCCGCCAGCGGGGCACGGUGCUGGUCAAUGCCCUCGGCUCCAAUGCCUGCUUACGGAAAGUGGACCUGAGCGGCAACCUCCUGGAGGACCCCGGGGCCAAGAUGCUCAGCAAAGCGCUGCAGAUCAACACGACGCUCAGGAGUGUGACGUGGGAUCGCAACAACACCACAGCGCAAGGGUUCCAAGAUGUGGCGAGAGCACUGGAGCACAACUUCACCCUGCAGUACAUGCCCCUCCCACUCAGCGAUGUCACUCAGGCGUACCGCAGCGCCCCGGAGAAGACCGACCAAGCCCUGAGCAAGAUCCAGCGUGCCCUGCUUAGGAACAACCAGACUCAGCGUUUCUCUCAGAAGCAGGCUCUCAGGCUGAACCAAGGCCUCGUCACCAGCACUGCCGAACAGGUGAUGGAGCGUCUGUGUGUGCGGGUGCAGCAGCAGGUUUGUGUCUUGAAAGGCUGUGAGGAAGGAGAGGAGGUUCAGACGGCCAGACAAAUUCUCAAAGAAGCCAGGAACUCGAGAGCUCUGUACCCAUCUCUGUGUGAGCUGGCCCACGUGUUGUCGGUGGACGGUCCAGUCAGACAGCGCCUGGACACUCUGGCCGGAGAGCUGGCCAAAGCUGCUGACAAGGAGCUGCAGGUGGUCGUGGACUCCAUGGUGUCUCUGUGCCGCGAGCUGUGCCCCAUGUCCUGUUCAGCCGCUGAGAGGCUCAGUCCACCUCUGUCGUCCAUCUCAGAACAAGUUUCAAUCCCUCGCUCCGCCAUUCGCAAUGCCAUGAUGGAGAGAGCAGCUGAGGAUAUCAACAGAGCCUUGGAAGAGGUGAAGCUUUCUGUGGUCUCCUAUCUGACCAACUCCAUAGUGGAUCAGAUUCUACAAGAGCUCUACACCACUCAUAAAACCCUGGUACUGCUGCGGCAGGUGUCUCAGGCGAAGCGCUGGGAUGACGUGGGGACGGGCAGACGCACCAUCAGACAGUCCAGAAUAAUGGAGUCUCUCGAAUUCCCCGAUGAUGACUUUGGUGUGAGCCUGGGAAUAGACACCAUGGCCAUAAAGAAGCGGAGCUCCAGAACUAGGAGAAUUCGUCCCGUCUCCACCAGACUGAGUUUAGGUGAGGAGCCCAGUUCUUCUCCUACGCCUUCUGCUCCACCGCACUCUGCUCCUCUCACCCACUCGGCCUCAUGGGAGUGUCUGUCCACCCUCCCCACCAACGGCUCACCCUUGCGUCAUGUGACCCACGUCAGGCCACGCCCACCCCGGAGACACAGAGCAGGACACCUUCUCCCUGAGUCUCAUUGCUCGGAGAAUGGGGGAGUCAGUAUGCUGGAGGAUGGACUGCCUGAUUUCUACAGCAAGAGAGUUCUGCCUGACAGUCAGCUGUCAUCACUCCAUCAGGCCCAGUCGCUGCGGAGGAAGAAGAGACGCAGCGUACUGUCCAUCUUCUCCGGCUUCCGAAAGAACCGCAACUCCACCAUCUCUAGUCAGGACUUGGACGCCUCAGAGAACGUCUACUCAAUGAUUCACCCCAAAGACGCUGUGAGGCCAGAGAGCGCUGUUCUUGGAGCGAAUGGUACCAUGCCUUCACCUCGGCCAACUCAGGGUGUACCUGUGCACGGGGUGAGAGCUGCCAGCCCCCCCUGCCUCAUCCAAAGACAGUCCACAGAUCUGGUCAGCAUGGUGUACAGCUGCAUCGGGGCAGAAAUUGAGGACUCGGACGGCAGCAGCACCUGUGACAUCAAAGCGACAGACCAAGAUGCUGACAGAUCGAUCACCAUCUCAGAUGCCCCGACAGAUACUCGAACUAACGGCCACGUGGUGUCCUUCAAACAACAGACGGACAGACAGAUGGAGACGGGCAGGCAGGAGAGGAUCGUGCCUCUGACAGACUCGAGGACUGAGAUGGAGGAGGACGUACAGAGUGGCGACGGUGGAAGCGUGUCCCCCUGUGGGCUGAGGCCAGAGCCUCCUCCACAGAGCACCAAGCCCAGUCUGGCUGUCAUGAGGCAGAGACACCUGCAGGAGAGUUUAGAAGAGGCAGGAAGGCUGGAGGGUAAAGAAGACCAAAGCGAAAGAAAGCUUGAAGACAAGCACAGAGGGCGAGAUCCAGAGGCUCAGCGUCCUCUCAUCCCCAAUAAACCCAGCCUGGACCUCACACGGGACAAACCCUCCCCAGAAAAGACCAAGAUCUCACCCAAAAGCUCACCUGUCACUCCAAGAGAAGAUCAAGCCAGUGGUCAGAGGAGUCUGCCUCCAGCUCAGUCCAUCAUCGAGGAAGAGGGGAGCACUGAGAGGGAAAGCCCACCAGCAUCUGCCAAGACAGAAGCAGCAGAUCCUGCCAUCAUCAGUCACGAUGAGGAGGGAGGCCAUAAUGGAUUUCCAGCAGCGUCCCAUCACACCAAGAAGUCCAACUCCUUUGACAUAGGAAUGGAACGUGACAGCCCCUACGAUCUGGAGAGGUCUUCAGAUCGCAGAUUCCCUAUGAAAAAGCCUUGUUUCCCCCAGUACAGAAACAGAUCUCUGGACUACCCUGCUGGGACCAGGUUAUGAAAGCCCUCAGCUUGAGAACAGAGACGCAUUAUGACAUUACCUGCGGACUGGGAAGAGUUCGCGGGGAAGGAACGAUUGGAGCACAGAGGACUGGAGAGAGACGAGCUUUUAAAACUGUGGACUGUGGACUCAACCGACAAUGAUUCAACAGCAGCUCUUUUCCUUCUUUUAAUCCAUGUAAACAUUUGUUGCUGAAAAUGCAUGUACUGUAGCUUUCUGUUUUAACUGCUUGCACUUGCUAUGGUUUUCUCAGGCGAAAGGGAACCUGCACAUACAGUAGUUCAGUGUCUCUCCAGUGUGCUCAUGAAUCGUCGUUUUAUGCAUUUGUGUAAAACCAUUUAGUAUUGAAAUAUUUGAUUCCAUCCCCUUCUCGUCUUUUACUGACAAUCUGUGACUACUAAAAGUGAGUUUGUACUGUAUUUAUUCUAAUGGGAUGUAUAUAUUGAAUAUAAAACUGCACUAACCAUUGUGGUAACUCUGCCAGUUAACAAUCAUGUUUUUAUUCGUGAUAAUCAUUUGAUAACUGUGUUUGUAAGUAUGUUUUUGGUGUGUGCUGACAUUGAUGAUUGAGAAACGUGUUACCAUGCACUCCCAUCUCUUCAAGAGUAUUUAAAUCAGUCAGUGGAUCGUUUUAAUCUGAUUUUGCGGGCCUGGAAAUGAGUAUAUUUUCUAAACAUGAAUCAGAAUAAAUAAAAUUGACUUCACAGGAAAAAAAAAAAA